AUGAGAUGUGGUCCACUGUCGGAAGUGCAAACGGCAACUGGAUUAGAAGUAACAUUACCAUGUGAUUUAUUUCCCAAUUCAAUAUCAUCAUCCUUAUCGCAAGACAAAGUCACAUUAGUCAUUUGGUACAAGGAAGGAAACCAAAAGCCGAUCUACUCUUUUGAUGCUCGAGGGAAGAGUUUACAGGAAGCAGUACAUUGGCAAGAUGAAGCCGUGCUUAGAUCAAAGGCUUAUUUUUACUACGACACCAUCCCGCCAGCAUUGAAGAUCAAAAAUGUGAAGACAGAAGAUGCCGGCUUGUAUAGAUGUCGAGUUGAUUUUCAGAAAACACCGACAAAAAAUUGUAGACUGAACCUCUCAGUGCUGGUGCCACCCACACAUCUGGAGAUAUUCAAUGAGAGGGGAACUGUUGCAACGAACAGUGUCGUAGGACCCUACAAGGAGGGCUCUACUGUGAACAUAACAUGCAUGUCGAGUGGCGGUGUGCCUGCGCCUCGGGUCACAUGGUUCAAGGAACAUGCCCUUAUCGACGAUUCAUUUCAGGAGCUGCCAAAUGGCACCGUACGAAACGUACUUACUCUACCGAGGAUAACGAGGAGCGAUCUUGAAUCGACCUAUACGUGUCAGGCAAGCAAUGGACACAUAUUGCCACCAUUAUCGAAUAAAGUCAUUUUGGAUAUGAAAUUGCCACCAUUAUACAUCCACAUUCAAGGAUUAAAUCAUCCUUUAACAUCGGGAGUCAAAGUGCAUUUGUCGUGUUCAACAGCUGGUGCUAGACCCGUUCCUCAAAUAAUUUGGACCAAAGGGACUCAAGUCAUGCAAGGCGCAUCGCAAACUACAUCGUCAAAUGGCAAUAUCACAACAUCAGACAUUGUAUAUUUACCAUCACCCGAGGAUAACGGCAAAGUCAUUGCAUGUUCAGUGCCCGUUGAAGAGAAAAACAAUGCACCGACAUUGUCCAUUAAGGAUACUCGAAUAUUGGACAUUAAACAUGCUCCCAUUGUAACAUUAUCGUUAGGGUCGAAUUUAGAUCCAAAAAAUCUUGCCAAAGGCACGGACGUUUAUCUUGAGUGCCGCAUCGAAGCAAAUCCACCUAUUAAAAAAAUAGAAUGGUAUCAUAACAACAAGCCCCUACAUUCAUCACGUGGCAUCAUCAUUACCAAUCAAUCGUUGGUAUUGCAGAGCAUAUCGAAGCAAACCCACGGACAAUACAUGUGUCGAGCGGCCAAUACGCAAGGCAGCGUCAGUAGUAACGAUUUAUAUUUAGAUAUAAAAUAUCCCCCAACGUGCCAGUUUGAGGGCAAAAUAUUAAGGGCAGCACUGAGACAAACUUUAAACAUAACCUGUGAUAUAGAUUCGAAUCCCAUGAAAAAUUUAAAGUAUAAGUGGUUAUUCAAUAGUACAAUCGACAAUUUAAUUGAAUUACCAUCGUACACCAACGAUCCCGAUCUGCAUUAUAGCAUACAACAUGAACAUCACCAACAACAACAUAUCGAUUCAAUAUCAUCAUACAAAAGUAAAAUUAAUUAUAAUUCCAAUGAGCUUCAGCAACGUUCAAAUCAAUACGCGACAUCCUCAAAGAAGUAUCAACAACAGAUUAACUAUCAGAAUUCACUGAUUCAAUCGUACGAUGCUUCACCAUAUUCACAUAUGAAUUCAUAUCAUUCUCAUCACAGCAACAUUGAAGGAGUUUAUUUAUACAAAGUUGACAACUUCACUUCGUUUGGUACAAUCAGUUGUAGUGCUGAAAAUCAGUAUGGGUCGAGUGGACCGUGUUUAUAUCACAUCAUGGUGGCGGAUUUACCAGAUCCCGUAGCAAAUUGCACAGCUUAUAAUGCCACCGCUUACACAAUGCAAUUUACAUGUAUCCCUGGAAAUGACGGUGGAAUUAAGCAGUCAUUUUUCGUCGAGGUAUUCGACGGAAAGGAAAAAAUCUUCAACGUCUCAUCUGACUACCCAACUUUCCUUCUACGAAAGCUUCCGAGUGAUACAAAAUUAGUAGUUAGGAUUACGCCAUACAACUUGCAGGGAAUGUGCAAGGAUUUUUAUCAACUUCGUGUGAAAACAAUGCCAGCUCCACUUAUAAAGACAGCAUCAUCCCGAGCAGUUCUCGUACAAAUAACGCCUGUGCUUGGUGUACUGGUUGGUGUAGUCAUGACACUCUUACUUAUCGCCAUUUGUAUCGUGAUUUUCGUGAAGAUAAAAAACAAGCCUGUAAAGAAAACACCCAAAGACACAGAUCCCAAUGAGCCAGAUAAAGGAAGCGCAGAACCUCUCAGUCGAAACCUUGGUAGCCAUUCAAGCAUCGCCGAUGAGAAAAACGAUCCCGACAUAAUUCCACAUGACAACAGCGAUGACGAGAAAGACUUCGAAAGACUUUAUACCCCAACACAGCUCAAUUACGUCAAUCGACACUCACCCAAUUCGCAUUCACCAACUUUAAGGUUCGGCGAGAAGCAGUACGGUGAACUAUCAUUGACAACAAAUCCUGGAUUCGCACUUUACAACAAUCCCACGAUUCGGAAAUAUAACGUCAUAUCAUCACCAACAAACGCCAACAAUCCCAACACAACCACAACGACAAUUCUAAGGUCAAAAUCACCACCGAACAUCUACACAAGAUUGCCGUUAAAAGAAUAUCCAUCAGUCUCAUUAACACCAACGCCUAUGUCGCCAAAAUUAAUGACAUCGAGCAUUGUUGGAUACAGUAGUCAAGGCUUGUCACCCACAAAGCACUUGUUAGUAACGACACCAUUUAUGGAGAAUGGCGAUUUGACAACGACGUCAACAAAUUUGGCAACGACUGACAAAUGUAUCUUGUCAUCAGUUCGAAUGCCACUGCUCAAUGUUAAUUAUAAGGCAGAGAUAAACAAUCGAAUCAAUAAUGGCAUCGUUACAAAUGGAAGUGCUAUGAGUCAAUUAUCCAACACGAAAGAGUCAUGAAAAUACUUAAUGGAAAUUUUCCCAUCAAUUCUUUGUUAAGAAACUUUCAUUUCAAGUAAUCUUGAUUCUUACUUUUGUUUUAUGUUGUUAGUCCUUGGUUUUAAGUAAGUAAGAAAGUUUUACAAACAACUCACUCUUAUUCUCAUGUUUGUUUGAAGAAUUGAUGCUUGAUGAAGGUUGAAUUGAACGUGACAAGGACCUGAAACCUUUUUAAAAACAAUCUUAAAUACAUAAAGAAAGAAAAACAGGAAAAUGUUGGAUCGGAUUGAAAGAUUCAAAUGUUUUUAGAUUUCUUAAUAACUUUAAUGGAUGGAGCUAAUUCCAAUGUUACAUAAGUUUGAAUUCUUGGAAUUUUAACAAUGAUAUUGAAAAUUUUAAAUAUUUGACGAGUUUUUGUGACAGCAUCCGAUCCAGCAUCGUCUAAAUAAUAAAGGAAUGUGUUGCGUAAUGGAAGAGAUUAACUUGGAAGUGUUGUUAAAUACCGGUUACAAAGUCGAAAAUAAAUGUUUAUUAGGAUGCAAGGACAAAAGGAAAUGUUUUCAUCACCGAAGCUCUUCACAAACAGAUUUAUGUGAUUGUCAUUCAACUUUUUACAUUUUCAAAGUUUUCAUUUUCAUUUAAACAUUUAUUUCACGAAUUAUUCAUAUUAAUCAUGAUCAUGAACAUUUGAAACCAAAGAAGAAGCUGAAACGAGCGACGAAAGAUUUUCUUUUAUUUACCAAGAGAAUUAAAGAAAAGUUCGCCAAGCACUUCAUUACAGAACAUAAAGUUUUACAUCAUGUAAUAAAUGCAAGUAGAAGUUGCAGUUUAUAAGUCAUCUUACUUCUAGAAGUUGAUCAGAACGUUUUGUUUUAUGCUUAAGAGUGAAAUUAAACAUGAGAAGAAUUGUUUAACUAAGUGUAUGUUAAUUUACAAUUUAUGGCGAUUUCUAUGAGUUGAGAUGACUUGAAUAUGAUUCAAAAGCCAUAUCUCCAUCACAAUGAAUGAAUUUAAGAUAAGAAACAGGGUCUUCGUGAAGGAAAAAUUAUAUUCGAAUAGAUUUAUUUGAAUUCGCGUAGUUGAAUAAUUUUGUAACUCAAAUGUUGUAGAUAAAAUGAUAUCCAUUUGUCUUAAUUUUAAAUUUUCAUUCACUAAUAAGACUUGAACUUUUUAUCAUGAGAAAUCCCUUGGUGAGUCUUUUAAAUACUUUUCUUUUACUUCACUUUCAUUUCAAUUACAUAUUUUCAUUCAAAGGAUGAAGGAUUCUCACAAUUGUAGAAAUGAAAGAAGAUCCCUUUAAUUAUUUCUCUUUUUUUAUAUUCGACACAAACGUGUUUGAAUUGAAUGCAAUUAAGUCUUAAGUUUACUGUGCCAUUUUAAUCAUUGAAUGUAUUUUCCCAAGUUUCAAAUUGAAAAUAAGACGAAUUUCUACUCAAGUUUCUUUUUUCUUUUUUUCUUGAUACUCAUCGUAACAACAGUGGAAAAGCGUUAAUUAAAAUCUUUUUGUAACAUGUAAAAAGGAAACACAAGUCUUUUGUUGUUCAUCCAGAUAAUGAUGAAAAGUAUUAUUUAAGUAAAUCUAUAAUUUAUUUAUAAUUUUUUCUUUACUUUUUUAAGCUAGAAAUAUAAAAAAAAAAUAAAUAAAAGUUGAAUUAUCCAAAUCUAGUUUAAACAUGGU